AUGGCCGAAUCAGAGCUGAGCCCCAAGUUCGCGCCCUUCAUCGGCAUGGGCGGUAUUGCCGCGGCCAUGAUCUUUGGCUGCGCGGGCGCGGCCUACGGCACCGCGAAAUCCGGAAUUGGCAUUGCUGGCGUGGGAACGUUCCGGCCGGAUCUGAUCAUGAAGUGCCUGAUCCCCGUCGUCAUGUCCGGUAUUCUCGCCGUCUACUCACUCGUCAUCUCUGUCCUCAUCGCCCAGGACCUGCAACCGCCGGCCUCCGGGUCCAACUACAGCUUGUUUAAUGGAUUCAUGCAUCUUGCAUGCGGGCUGUCGGUUGGUCUCACAGCCCUCGCCGCCGGAUACUGCAUCGGCAUUGUCGGUGACAAGGGCGUCAGGGCGUACAUGCUGCAGUCCAGGGUCUUUGUCGGCAUGGUCCUGAUUCUCAUUUUCGGCGAAGUGUUGGGGCUCUACGGGCUCAUCGUUGCUCUCAUCCUCAACACCAAGAGCAAGGGCUAA